GGCGACUUUUGACGUGUUUUCGACACUUAAAAAGUGGUAGUAAUUGCAGUAAUAGUUAUUUUUCAACUAUUGAAUUUUUUGGAAGUGAAAAUAGAUUGAAUUUAACAAACAAAAAUAUUAAUUGUUGCAGUAAUGUGAAUUUGGUAUUUAACAAAAGUUUCGUGAAAAAGACAUUGGAGUCUUGAUUAAAGUGAGUUUUAUUGAUCAAAUGAUAUAAAUAAAGUUUAAAAAUGGCAAUGCGAAAGCGAAGCGGCUCAGGAUCCAAACGCCAACACAAAGGAAAGUUGGUCCCAAUUUAUGAAAGUUUCUUUAAAGGCGAAGAUUUAACAUCCGCUCAUCCAAAUUUUUGGAAUGAAUUAUUCCUUAUCAAGCCAAUGGUUUCGCAUAUCGAAAAUGAGAUUUUGCACAUGACAGCAGAGCAGUUAAAUGCGAGUAAAGAAAAUUUGAAUUCUUUAGUAUGUCACUGUGUGGAUACUUUAGUGGACGAACAUCCCUUUAGAGUUGUCUAUGCUCUUCAAACUUUAGCAGCAGUUAUUCAGUCAAUGUACAAAAAAGGUAGUCAAAGUGAUUUCGGCUUCAAUUUGAUAGAUAUUCUAGUUGGAUUUGAUUCAGCCGAACAAAGAAUGACAACGCUGAUGCAGCAUUGCAAUAAUUUUCUCACUGGCGAAUAUCCUGAUAGUUUGAAGGCACUCUGCUUAAAACUUUUGUUAAUUAUUGUUACUGGAAUGGACAAUGUGAGCCAAAAUACUCUUUUGGAAUAUGUCAUGCUGAAUAGUGUCUUUGAAUCACUUAUUCAAUUGUUAAGAGAUACGUCUGCAAGAAGUCGACACGGAAACGACGCCGUUUUACUUUUGACUCUUUUAGUCAAUUACAGAAAACACGAAAGUGCUAAUCCCUACAUAGUCAAGCUUUCGAUUUUAGAUGACGAGCUUGCUCUCAAUGGUUAUGGACAAGUUAUUUCGAGUUCCUUGACUGAGUUUUGUCGACAGUUUGCUCAGCAAAGAGCAGAGGUGCAGGCUUCCUGGUUAUCGUCUCUGACGAGUAUCGUUGGCAAUAUCUUUGUGGGCGAAGAGGAGGCGAAAACUCAGCAAGUGCGAGCAAAUAACGCUCUUCUUCUUGCACUGUACGAAGCGACACAUCUGAACAGAAAUUUCGUGACGACCCUAGCAUAUACUCAAAGUGAUACGAGCGCACCUCCUUCUCCGAAUAAUACUUUAGGGCCAAAUGCAACAGCGCCUGGUGCAAAUCCACCGGAUGCCAUGGCUCAACCUUUUAACUUACUUGCUACAUUUCUCCAAUAUUGUUCAAUAGUUAUGCAAGCAAUCAGAACAGAAGCCAUAACGAACAAUGUGAAGCUAUGCUUUUUAAUAUUAAGCUGUAUUGCCGAAGAUCAAUAUGCAAAUAGUUUAAUGCACGAUGCCAAUCUAUCUUUCAAAGUGCAAUUGCACAGAGUGCCGAUGCACCACAGAAAAAUUCAAGACAAAGCAGCACCCACACAACCACUGGCAGCAACACUUCUGGAUCUGCUUGUCGAGUUCAUUACCUCACACAUGAUGAAGAAAUUCCCUCUGGAGCUGUAUCAUCACUGCAUCGGUGUUUUGCAGAGACUGCUGUGCUAUCAAAAGAGAUGUCGAGUUAGACUUGGGUAUCAGUGGAAGGAUCUAUGGACCGCUUUGAUCAAUCUUUUGAAGUUCCUCACGACGCAUGAAAAUCACUUGGUUAAGAAAAUGAAUAUUUUCCCCCUUGCAAUUCAAGUCGUUAAUAUCUUGAAUUUAUUCAUCACUUACGGAGACACGUUUCUCUCGACUCCUAGUAGUUACGACGAGUUAUUUUACGAGAUUAUUAGAAUGAGACUGAUCUUCACAAAUCUGAAUGCUAUGGCCCUCAGGUUUUCGACUACUGAGUCCUACGAGUACAAAGAACACGCGCUGAAGUUAACAAAUUCACUUGUAAAUAUGAGAGACAUAGUGAAUCAUUUUCCACCAAAGAUUUCCGCCUGGUUAGCGAGCGAAAGCCUGUCAACCCCAACGGAACAACAAAUUUUAGGAGUUAUUAUACAAAAUUACGACAGCCUUACGCUCAAAUUACAGGACAACUUAGAUCAGUAUGAAAGGUAUUCGGAAAAACCGAAUCACACGGCCUUCUUCGAGGAAAUGGUGACAGGUGUUGUGAUUGAUACAAGAGGAUCGAUUGAUCUGAACGGUUUAGAUACUCAAGCGAUUUUACAAGAGCUUUCGAACAUCUCGUAGCACUUCGAGAUAAGUUUUCGUCGCUUCAUAAAAAAAGAAAAAAUCGCAUCAAUAUAAAUAUUUUUUACAAGUGAUUUCUGAUAUUAUAGAGAUAAAUGCAUUAAUGCUAGUAUUAUUAAUUACCAAUAAGAGUAAACGAAUCAAUUUUUAAGUACCUCAGAUUUUACAAAAGCAUCGAAGGUUUUAUUCAUAUAUUCCGAUCCCAUAUUGAAUUGAUUUUAAAUUAUCUUGCAAAUAUUACAUUCAAUUUUCUGGAUGUUUUGUAUGAGUUAAAUUGAAUUUUUUUAUAUUUGGCGUCUUUUUUUGUGUUAUUUAGAAACUUAAAUAGUUAGUCGAAUCUGGAAGAAUGUUAAUUGUUACUUGAAAAGAAUUUGUAUAUCUACCGGAUAAUAAUGGAUCAGUUGUAUGAUAAAUUAUUAUUCUUUUUGGAAAAUUGUCAAUAAAUCAUCAUGUUACCAA